AUGUCACUAGAUUAAAAAGAAAAUAGUGAAAUUAAAGAUAAAUUAUUUUUAGAUUAAAAAAAGUAAAUAGAUUUUAUAUCUCUAACUAAUACACAUAAUUUAAUAUAAGAGAAUAUCACUCUUUCAUCUGAAUAAUAAAAAAAUUAAAUAUAGUAAGAAGAAGAUAUUGAGUUUGUUGAUAAACUAUAUCCUUCUAACUUGAAUUAAAUUGAUUUAAUUUAAAAAUUUAAUAAAUAUAAUAAUGGUGUUAAAAAUUUAAAUAUCUAAACACAUGAUUCUCCUUCUUUGUUUGCUUCACCUUAUUUUUAAGGAUAAACUGAUAGUUAAAUUUAAUCCGUUCCAUUAUUAUAGUCUUCUACAAACGCUUAAAUUUCAGAAAAAGAAUAUGUCGCUUUUGAUGAACAAAAAAGCAAUUAACCAGAAAACACUAUUUUUAAAAUGAUUCAAAAAAAUACUCAAAAUAUUGUUGAGUUGGAUCCAAAAAAGUUAAAAACGAAUGGUUUUCCUAUUUUAUAAAUGAAAUCUACUGACAAUGAAGAUUAGAUAAAAAUAUCAUCUGAUAUAAGAAAUUUAGAAUAAUAAAAAGAUAUAAGUAAGUUAGAUCUAAUAAUGCACACAAGUAAAUUAAAUAUCAGCAAAGUAAAUAUGGAUAAAACUAUCUAUUAAGAAAUUAAUUUUAAUCCUUAGAAAGAUGAGUUUUUUAAUUAAGUAUAGAUGUUUAAUUAAACAGUUUCAACAUCUAGAGUAUUAAUAGAGUAAAACAUAAGUAGCAUUUCUCCUAUAAAUACAAAAACAAAGAAAUAAAAUGAUGAAAUUUUAUUCAACUAAUAAAGUGAACAUAAAUUAGAAAAUAAAAUUUAAGAUUUAAAUGAAUAAAAUAUUAAUAAAUAUUUUAAUAAUAAAAACCAAUAUUUGCCAUAAUAGCGUUUAUUUCUCUGA